AGAAUUCUAAAGCCUCUUACGUUCCGAAGCCUCAAUCUCCUCUGUAAAAAAACUCCUCGAAAGAGUCCAACUAUGGAGGUAACUCAGCCACAAUACUGGGCUCCUUCUACCGUCAGUCAUCAUCAACUGCCUUCCAAAACCCUCUCUGCUCCUGCUUCGCCUCCUUCUUCUUCUUCCACUUCCAAACGACCAAGAUUACUACCACCUCAUGAAAACGUCAACAACAACGCUCUUGAUGUUGACUAUUUUAAUUUUUUUCCUCCUGGGUAUAGGUUUUGCCCUAAAGACGAAGAGCUUAUUGUUUAUUACUUGAGAAACAAGGUAAACAAUCAGCCUUUACCUCGAAACAAGAUCGUGGAUGUUAACCUUUAUAAAUACAACCCCUGGGAUCUUGCAGAGGAGUACAGAAAAUAUGGGGAGAAUGAAUGGUACUUUUUUACACCAAGGGAAAAGAAGUAUCAAAAUGGAAGUAGACCAAAGCGGGCAGCUGGUAAAGGAUACUGGAAGGCAACUGGAGCUGAUAGACCUGUCAAGCAUAAUGAUGUUGUGGUUGGAUAUAGGAAGGCACUUGUUUUUUACAGUGGAGAUCCUAAAAGUAGCAAAAAAACUAACUGGAUAAUGCAUGAAUAUAGGGUCAGUGAUGCUCCCUCACGUAUCAGAAGAAGUGCCGAUGACAAGAAGUUGGAUGAUUGGGUUUUAUGUAGGAUAUACAAGAGAACUGAGAAAUCCAUCAUAAGUGGACAUACAAAUGAGGAACCUGCACAGUUAGAUGAUGGAGAUGUUGAUGUGAAUGUAGAACACGAGGGUGAUUCCCAAGGUUACACAAAUACUGUUGCUGAUUAUGAGCAGCCUAAUCCAAUUUCAAUUCCAUUGCAGGAGUUUGAAGAUAUAUUUUCUGAUCUCCCUCCAUUGGAAGACUUAACGAAUUUCAAAAGCUAUGUUCAUCAGCAACCAAUUCUAGAAGCAGAUAGUUAUUGUUCCUAUGGGACAUCAAUGGUGGAACCUGCAUUUGAAAUCCAUCCGAUAGAGGACUUCACCACUAAAUAUCUGAAUGAAAAUGAUUGUGGGUUGAAGUCAAUAGCAUUACCAGAUGAGUGUGCUUUUUAUUCAGAUGAUAGGAAAAGGUACAUUCCUGACCAAUUUUGUAUGGUAAGUUUAGAAAAUAUUGUGUGCAUCAACUCCCAAAACAACCUCUUGAAUCAAUCUUCCUCCAAAUAGUUAACUAAUUGAUGCACUUAGCUAUCAUUAUUGUUGUUUUCAAAGGUAAAGGAAGAUUGGGGGAUGUUAGGCAUAUGAGUUAUUGUAUUAGCUAACAGAACUGAACUGUACUAAGUUUAACUUCUUUGAUGAUUUUAAUUUGAUUUAUUUUUCAAUUA